AUGGAAGUAAAAACCUUCCCGAUCACUUCGCGAACCAAUUCCACCGCUUUAAAACAACCAAAAGAAUUGACUUCCUACAAUAGAACCAAAGAUGGCAGCUACCUCAUGGAACCUCAGUCAUCGCCUUCAUAUUACUACUUCCCCGAUGCUUAUUUGAACAAAGGCUUCAAUUUGUCUACUGGGUACAAAUCAUUUGAGAAAUUCCCGGAUACCGCCCCAAUGGACGGGUUUUUACAAGCGAUCAAGUUAUGGGAACAGCAGCAUCAAAAGAAAAUCGAUGGGAAUAUCAUUUCUUUCAGAGGCAUCAUGACGAUGCUCGUGACGUUACCGCACGCCAUAGAUAAACCGUUCGAUUUGAACGUGAUGUACUUUGAUGGCCAGAUUUUCCUUAAACUUGACCAACAGCUGGAAACUGCGAAAAGGGCCCAAGAAACCCAAGACCGGAUGGGGGGCGCAGGAAGGGUCUCGGAGGAGAUGUUGGAUAAAUUCACGUAUUCUGGGUAUAAGUUUGAAACCUUGGUGACGUUGGAUAAACCAUGGGCCGAUUGUUCUAGAAAAGACAUUGAAGGCCGUGAUGCGAAAGUCGUGAGUAAUGCCGAACAGUAUCUUUCGGUGGUGAGAACCGGGAUCGACAAGACCAAACUUAUUCUUGGUGGGGAAGUGGACUGCGUGUUUGAUUAUAAACCCACAGUUGGCGAUAAGUAUAGUGGGAAAGACGGGAUUCUUGGACAUUACGUCGAGUUGAAGACCAGUAAAACCAUCGAGCAUGUAGGCCAGGCCAUCAAUUUUGAGAAAAAAUUGUACCGGACCUGGGCCCAGUGUUUUUUAAUGGGGGUUCCAAAGAUCUUUUAUGGGUUCAGAGAUGAUAAUUUUUACCUUAGAUCGAUCGAGCAGUUCAAAACCGAAGACGUCCCGUUGUUGCUUAGAGAUAGUAAUUUACCAAGACAUGCCAAUAACCCAAAGAAUCGCAAGAUCAGUUGUAUGGACAGUCUCAAAUGGUUUGGGGCGGUGUUGGAUUGGCUUGGGCAAGUCGUGCCGAAGUCCGAUGAUGUUGCAGUGCAAACUAAUACCGUGUACAGGUUGAGUUUUGAUAAGGUUCAAAUGAAGUUUUAUCAAUUGCCAACUGAAGAAUCCACGCGGAUCAUUCAAGAAGAGCCGGUGCUUACUCUGGAGUUUAUCGAGUGGAGAAAGCAAUUGAAGGCUGGCAAAUGA